AUGGGAAAUCAGGAGGGCAAAGCCAAUUUAGAGUCGUCGAUAGAGCAGUUGCAGAAUGUCGAGAAGCAGAUGAGACUAGCCGGUGACGUCGCCGGAACUAAGAAGGCCGUAACGGACAUUCUUCAACUUUGCUUCGAAGCCAAAGACUGGAAGAUGCUCAACGACCAGAUAAUCCUUCUCUCCAAGAAACGUGGUCAACUCAAGCAGGCUGUAACUGCCAUGGUCCAGCAAGCCAUGCAGUACAUUGAUGAGACACCAGAUCUCGACACUCGUAUAGAGCUCAUUAAGACACUUAACACUGUUUCUGCUGGGAAGAUUUAUGUUGAAAUUGAGAGAGCUCGGUUGAUAAAAAAACUGGCAAAGAUUAAGGAAGAACAAGGGCUUAUAGCUGAAGCGGCAGAUUUGAUGCAAGAAGUUGCAGUGGAAACUUUUGGUGCAAUGGCAAAAACAGAGAAAAUUGCUUUCAUUCUUGAACAAGUUCGUCUAUGCCUAGACCGCCAAGAUUAUGUUCGUGCACAAAUUCUCUCAAGGAAGAUUAGUCCAAGAGUAUUUGAUGCUGAUACUUCCAAAGAGAAGAAGAAACCCAAGGAAGGUGAUAAUGUUGUUGAAGAGGCCCCUGCUGAUAUACCGUCACUCUUGGCAUUAAAGAGAAUCUACUAUGAAUUAAUGAUACGGUAUUAUUCUCAUAACAAUGAUUACCUUGAAAUUUGCCGUUGCUACAAGGCCAUAUACGAAAUCCCUUCAGUAAAGGAAGACCCAGCUCAGUGGAUUCCGGUCCUGAGAAAAAUCUGUUGGUAUUUGGUACUGUCACCACAUGAUCCAAUGCAAUCAAGCCUUUUGAAUUCUACCUUGGAGGAUAAACACCUUUCUGAAAUUCCAAAAUUUAAGGUGCUCUUGAAACAAUUGGUCACAAUGGAGGUCAUCCAAUGGACAUCUCUUUGGAAUACAUACAAUGAAGAGUUUGACACUGAGAAGAACUUGCUUGGAGGCUCUUUGGGUGACAAAGCAGCAGAAGAUUUGAAGCAAAGGAUAAUUGAACAUAAUAUCCUUGUUGUUUCUAAGUACUACUCAAGGAUUACCGUGAAGAGACUUGCAGAAUUGUUGUGUCUCAGCAUCCAGGAAACUGAGAAACACCUUUCAGAUAUGGUUGUGUCCAAAGCAUUGGUGGCAAAGAUUGACAGGCCAAUGGGGAUAAUCUGUUUCCAAGUAGCAAAAGAUAGCAAUGACAUUCUUAACUCAUGGUCAAUGAACCUGGAGAAGCUGCUUGAUCUUGUUGAGAAGAGUUGCCACCAAAUACACAAAGAAACCAUGGUACACAAAGCUGCUCUCAAAGUUUGAAAGGUUGAGUUUUUGCAAUCUGUGUGCUGGUUGGCCCAGUUGGAGCUUUUGCCUUGUGGACAAGUGAAAAAAAAUUUCCAUUAAAAUGUUUGUUGGCUAGGUUGAUGAGAGGCAUGCAUUUGCCCACAAAUUGUUUCUAUUAGUGACGGAGAUAGUGAACUCAGCAUACGCUUCCUAGGACUGGAAAGUAAGAUUGUUGUAUACUUCUGGCACAUAUCGUACCACUGACUAAUUGCAGGAACCAAAUGGCUUUGUUUUAUAGCAGUGGAAAGAAAUUCUUGAGGAAUUUUUUUAAGCUUUCCUUUCUGUUAUGUGGUACUUUUGAUCACUUAUGCUGAAGCAACUGGGCGACCAUUUUAUGUUUAUUGCUGAUUGUUCGGUACGGCUGACUUUGCUGUUGUUAUUUGAUGGACAUUAGUAGGCGUGUCCUCAAGCUACGUAUUUACUAGUUCACAAAACUCUUGCUGUAGGUUGUAUGAAAGAGGUUUUAUUUUUAUUUUUAUAUAUAUUUUUUCCAA